UAUUGAUAAAGUGAAAAAUAUAUUUCGGGUGUUAGUUUAAUUUACAUGGUUAUUGGUUUUAUCAAGGUUAAUUGUGCCGUAAACUUCUCCAUCUUGAUUUCAAUUGUUUAAUACGAUUAAUUAACAGUUUCACUUUUUGACACAAUGUCAAUGUUGAAAGGCCUUUGAACCAUUAUGAAGCUUUCAUCUCAUUAAAUUACCUCACUUCACGUUGAAAAUCCCGACAUUAGUUACAGGAUCCAAAUCACGACUUUUGAGACGUUAUCUCCCUGCCUACAGAGGGAGUUCUGUUUACCUUUUCACACCAAGGGGACAACCUGUCAAAUCAGCGGUUGUUGAUAUUUAGCCUUAUACAUAGCUCAAAUCUUUUAAGGUUAUUUAAUAAAUAUGACCUCCUCAUUUGCGUCACAGUUCAACCUAAGAUCUCCAGCUGUUAAAAGAUUGAUGAAAGAAGCUGCUGAAUUGGCUGAACCUACGGAAGAUUAUUAUGCUCAACCAUUGGAGCACAACCUUUUUGAAUGGCACUUUACUGUAAGAGGACCAUCAGACACCGAUUUUGCUGGAGGGUUAUAUCAUGGAAGAAUCAUUUUACCCACAGAGUAUCCGAUGAAACCGCCUAGUAUUAUACUGUUAACCCCAAAUGGAAGAUUUGAAGUUAGUAAAAAGAUAUGUUUAAGCAUAUCUGGUCAUCAUCCUGAGUCAUGGCAACCAUCGUGGUCAAUCCGUACCGCUCUUCUAGCCAUUAUUGGUUUCAUGCCUACAGAAAGUCGAGGAGCAAUCGGAGGUUUAGAUUAUACACCUGAAGAGAGGCGUGAACUUGCUACGAAAUCACAAACCUGGUCAUGUUCCGCCUGUGGUCCUAUUAAAAGUUUGCUUAAAGAUCGUAGUGAAACCCCUUGUGAACCAUCUAGUGAUAACCAAGAAGCAAAAGAACUGGCUAAGCAAAUAAGAUUCAAGGAAAUCGAUUCCGGAAACACAAAUCAAAGAACAAUUAAAGAUUCAGAACAAACCAUGGAUAAGAAAAAUGAUGAAAAUUUAACAAUGAAUAGUGACUCUACAAAUAUUGAAACAAGACGUCGACGAAUUGGUGUUGUUCAUCAUGAUCAUUCCGCAACUGAAGGUUCACAAAAAAUACCUCAAGUAACGCCAAGCAUCUCACUAAAUUCACCAUCAUAUGAGGCCUCUGUUCAAUCAUCAAGGACUCGCCUUUCUUCUUAUAUUAUUGUUAUCCUUAUUCUAGCAAUUGCUUUUCUUCUAUUCAGACGAAUCUUCCUUACUGAUUCCGAGUGAUCAAGAUAACACAAAUGUUUACUUUCACAAUGUUUAUGCUUGCAAAUACACUUCCAUUCAAUUAAAAUGGACUCGACUAUCCUUUAUCAAAAAGUCAAUCA